GAUCCCGUGCCCUCCGACGACAUCUCACAGCGACGACCGUCACUCACGUUUAGCUCACCGGAGCUGAACGUUGUACCACUUAAGCCUGCAAGCGUGGCUGCUACAAAUCCUAUACCGUGGCGUCUAAUACCACUGGAUAUGAGCGUGAAAAUUCCAUAUCCCUUGAUGCAACUUCCAAUUGAUGGUCUACCACAUCGAUUUGAAGACCCUAGGUUACGAGGUCAGCUAACUGCGUUCAGAGCACACUUGAAGCCCACAGUCCAAUUAGAUGAAAUUGGUGGACCGAAUGCAAAGACCACAGAGGUUGACUCACAGUCCGAACCAAUCGACCAAACACCAUCGGAAAUCCAAAAGACGGAGCCAGCACAGCGUCGACCAUUUAAAUUACAACUUAACGAAAUGGCGAGCACAUUCAGUGCUAGCAGUUUCACUCCAGUCACCUCCACAAAUCGCUCAGGUGAUCGGUCUUAUCUCGACGAUCCUCGUUUUCGUAGGAGACGAAUCGUUACGUGUGCGGCAGCUCCGACUGCAGCACAGGAUACCGUAACGACGAGCGUUUCCGACAACUUGGUAGAUCAUGAAAAGAACAACCCGUGUGAGGUUCACUCAUAG